AAUAUCACAUCCCUUUAUCUUCACUCCUGGGAGCCUUUAGGACACAUAACCUAGUACCUGUGUUUACCCAACCUACUGUUCUGUAGACAGUUUUCUCAUUGCCUCAGUUAAGGAUUUUUACUCCAGAAUCUGCAGCUAAAUGAGGCUUAUGGUGGUGUUUGAAAGAAGGUUCCUGGCCUGGUCAGCCAGUCUGACUAAGCAGAAGGCAAAAAAUGAGAGAGAGAUGAAAAAAAUGAAACAAAAAUUUUAAAAAAGAGAAAUGAAAGAAAUAAGGAGGAAGAUAAGGAAUAGCAGCAAUCAGUGAAAGAGGAGGAACAGGAUUGCAAACUUCACAUCCUAGAUCAUGAUUUUGGAAGGAGCUGGCAGAAUGAGUAUCAAUUCCAGCAGCAAUCUACUCCACCAGCAGCCUUCCUGGACAGAAGGAUAUUCCACAUGCAAUGUGUCCAGCAGCUUCUAUGGAACCCAGUGGCACGAAAUACACCCGCAGUACUGGACUAAGUUUCAAGUCUGGGAGUGGCUGCAGCAUCUCCUUGAUACCAACCAACUGGAUGCCAACUGCAUACCCUUCCAGGAGUUUGAUAUCAACGGGGAACAUCUGUGCAGUAUGAGCCUGCAGGAAUUCACUCAGGCAGCUGGGACAGCAGGGCAACUGCUUUACAGCAACCUUCAGCACCUAAAAUGGAACGGCCAGUGUGGAAGUGACGUAUACCAAUCUCAUAAUGUCAUUGUGAAGACAGAGCAAACAGAUCCAUCAUUAAUGGUGUCCUGGAAAGAAGACAAUUACCUGUAUGACAGUGGCUAUGGUAGCACAGUAGAGCUAUUGGACAGUAAAACAUUCUGUCGUGCUCAGAUUUCCAUGAUGACACCUAGUCACCAGCCUCCUGAUUCUUCAGAUGUGAAAAAAUCACAAGAUCAUACCCUAAAGUCCCACACCAAGAAGCACAACCCUCGAGGAACUCAUCUUUGGGAAUUUAUUAGAGAUAUUCUUCUCAAUCCUGAGAAAAACCCGGGAUUAAUCAAGUGGGAAGACCGGUCAGAAGGUGUCUUCAGAUUUUUAAAAUCCGAAGCUGUGGCUCAGCUCUGGGGAAAGAAGAAAAACAACAGCAGCAUGACUUAUGAGAAACUCAGCCGGGCUAUGAGAUACUAUUAUAAAAGAGAAAUCCUGGAACGUGUGGAUGGUCGGAGAUUAGUAUAUAAAUUUGGAAAGAAUGCCCGUGGCUGGAGAGAAAAUGAGAAUUAAAUAUGUCAAGAAAUAACAUUUAAAACACCUGGAUGUAAAUAUUCAAAGACUAUUUUCUUAUAUUUAUGUACCAAACUGGGGUGAAAAACCAAUUCUACUUCUGUCGGGAAGAAGGAACAUUAUAUUAUUGGUGUUAAAAUUAUUUUAUUUGAAGUAUGUCCUGUAUGGGGAAAAAAUGUACACAGUUUUCUGUGAUAUAAGAUAACAUUAUAGAGUUAUGAUUAUUUGUCCCUUCUUGUGAAGUUUUUAUCUUUUUUUUAAAUCAUACAGGCAUAAUGUGAUUUAUGAGUCAUGCAAAGAAAGGGAAGGAGUGAAAUACUAGGGCAUUUAGGGAGUAUGAUAAUCCACUUUGGAAGGCAACUAUAAGUGGAGGAAACAGUAAAGCAUCUCUGAGCCAAGUAGUCUUCUUCCAUAGUCAGCUGGUUUAUAGCUUUCAUUGGCCAAUAUCACUUGUUCCUUCCCUCCUCUGAUUUCUGAGUGUUUUAACACUUUGCUGGCUUCCAGUUGCUUUUGUUGAGUCAGACCCUGGGUUCCUCUUCAGAUCGCUUAUCCCAGCCACAGAGAGCAGUGGCUCUGCAAGGUGGCUGUCAGCAUUUAUUUGGAGAACCCAUACUACCUCCACCACUGGUACCUUCUUUUGUAGGCAGAUGUUUAGGACCUGACCUUACCUGGUACUGAGUAUCCUCCCUAAUCUCCAAAGGGCAUUCAGCUCAUCCCAGGAAAAGGGCUAUUUGUUUUUAACUAACAUCUUUGAGGUGAACCGCAGGAAGAGAGUCAAUCUCAGGGACCAAAAGCUAUUGAAGGAAGAUGAUAGUUUUCUGACUGGGCAAACUUACUAAAAGGCACUGGUUUCCCAGUAGAAAUAUUAAUACUCCUCCCACCCACUUAUAUUCCUAAUUAAAACAUUCAAAUCCAUGCCACAUGAAGCAGUGAGGAAGUGGUCAAGCAGAACGUAUAUUAAUCCCAUGGCACGAGGGAGCAGUCUCCCCAGUUCCUUCUAGUUGUAUGGUCCUCCUGGCAGGUCAAGUCUCACUUGGACAGGUACUUUCAAAAAAGUUUUGAGAAAUGCAAAGCUCCAUUGCAUGCAAAAUAUUAGUUCCCUUCACUUUUCUCAAGUCUAACUCCAUAUUGUAUUUGUAUUUGUCAACUGUGCUUGGGAUUCUUAGUUGGAGAAAAACCCACCAACAUAAAGACACUGAGAUUUGGGGGGACACUCAGAUCUGGGUCAGUAUUUUGGGCUCAUCUCUAUGCAGAGACUGAACGUUCAUUGGCAGCUUUUUCUUUCUCCAAGUCACAAAUACUUCCUGCUGGCACCAAGCACAUGCAGAACAUGGGGAAAUAAAAACUAGAGGAGGCAGCACUUCACCAGGUCAUUGAGUACGUGCGAUGUAGGAGUUGAGAAACAGGAUUUUCUUGGUGAUGUUAACAGAGGUGAAACCAAGAUCAAUUCCAACUCACUUUUUCAGGGAUGGGAAAUUUAGAAAACAAUAAUAGGGGCUGAGAAGUCCAGGAC